AUGCCUCCUAACAACUCACCUCAUCUUUCUCCUAAAGCCUUAAAUUACGUAAGUAAUGGCUCAGGAAGGGAUUCUUAUAUAGGAUUUAAUUGUGGAGGACUUCUUGAUGCUCCUUCUAAACCUGCAAAUUACAGCAUAGGUUCUUUCAGAACUAAAACAGAAUCUAGAAGUGUCAACAACUUUUUACCUGCUAAGCAUGUGCAUUAUAGGUCUGAUGGAUCAGGGAGAGAUAAGUACAUUAUAGUGAACGAGGGUGGACUAAUUGGUGAAAUGAAGAGGUAUAACUAUAUAAAUGACUUAAGAAGCUAUCAAAAAAGAAGAAAAAUUGAAAAAAAUGACUAUUUCUACUAAACUCAAUUCUUCCCUUCUCUGUCUUAAUCUAUCAAGAAAGAGCAAAUUCAUUAGAGCCAAAUUUUUAAUUCUUAGAGACUCUCAUAACCUAGGUAGUUUACAGAUCCUUACGAGAAUGAGAAAAAGAAAAUAACUCUUCCUGGCUUAAGAAGAAUAUAUUGA